CAUCCUCCCACACCAUGAAUAUCGAAUAAUAGACAGUCAAUGCUUAAUAGGCCACACACAAGUGAAUCGUUGUGAAACUGUAGCUGUGUAGCUAGAUCUAUAACUACUAUAACUGACACUGUCUCUGAAGAUGGUCAAGUACCACCAAUGUCCCAAGAGAAGGAUUCUGCCCUCACUCAUAAUUGCCAUCUUCUGGUUGCACCUAUCUCAAGAAGCCAGUGUCAACCUAACUGUUGAGGGAGGUAUCAAUCUACUGGAUGAGAACUGUCCUGGAAUUGUCACACUGUUCUGUGAGGGGGUGGAUAUUAAUCAACUGCGCUGGAGAUACAAUGAAGUUAUUAAUAUCGUCAUAUAUUCUUCCGACAGUUCCCCGUCUCAAAGUCAGCCUUCACAAACUGCAUUUUUAUCUGUCGAAUUGGUUGCAAUAUCACAGAACACAGUGGAUACAAAUCGAGCGAAUUUCACUUCCAUUCUCACUGCAAAUUUAUCUCGACUCCAAUCUGAUAAUGUAAUGAAUAUUGAAUGUGGUGAUGCGGCUACAUUUCAAAUCGAACCAGUUAAUGUGCAAAUUAUUGAUCGAAGCAGACCCAGGGAUCCAAGAUUCUCUAUGGUGACAACAGAAUAUCAAUCUGAGAGAUUAAACAGUGUGCAAGUACAAUGGAGAAAAUCUGAAAACUUUUGUCCUGAUUACGGUUUGAUCUUUUUUUAUCAAGUUAACCUUACGGCUGAGAGGUCAAUUUCUGAGUCAGUAAAUCACAAUGACUGCCCAAACAAUUUCUGCAAUGUUACUUUCAGUGAGGGUAUUACCGAAGAUAAUAGAACAAUAAAAGUUUCUAUUUUGGCAACAAGCGAGCUGGGGCCUAGUGAACUUAUUUGUUACCCCUAUAGUAUUGAUUCUUCGGCUCAACAGUAUUUUGUACCCCAGGUUUCCUUUAUUAAUAAUCAGUUCCAAGUCCAGUGCAUAUCUACAGCUCUAACCACUAGUAGUCAGAACUGCGGGGUGCGUUAUACGACUGAUCCACUUUUUAGAGAACUGUCAGAUGAGAUUACACCAAUGUUGGACAAACCAUUCCACCUACCAGGACUUAGUGCUGAUACCACGUACUUCUUUGAGUUUACACUGCUGGUUAAUGGUAGCCUGCAAGUUGUGGACCGUAUCGGUUUCACUGCUCAAACAAGCACUGGACUACCAGACUGGGGGAUCGCACUGAUUGUGCUAUUUGCGAUAUUUCUGGUUGCUUUAGUUAUUAUAAUAAUCGUUGUUGUUGUUGUGCUUUUGAUUAAGACAAAAAAAGGUACAACAGAUUUUGGCAAUUUACAUAUGAGGCUACCUGAUCAGAAAGGACACUCCCUGGAUGAAAUUAAAUCUAAUGAAGACGUACAAAGUAAUUGAUAUAAGCCUCAGGUAUUACAGAUAUACAUGCAUAUCCAAAAAACUUGUUCCUGUUAAUUGUUAUAAUUAUAUAAUUAUAUAUACAUUUGAGAAUUUUAAGUUUGUUGUUAGA